ACUGUCAUCCUCGAUUACCUGACAUUCGAUUCGAUUUACAUUUAAGUUAGACAAAAUUUUAUCGACGAAACACCAUUUCCCUUCAAUAUAUUUUUUUUUACAAUUUUUUCAAUUUAGUGAAUAAAGCUUUCUAUAAAAAUUCCAUACAAACACAAUGAUAUGUUUGCGCCUGUUAAAUUACAAAGUACCAGCAUGUCGUCAGACUAUGAUAAUUGCCCGGAGAACCAAGUUUAAUGAGCUACACAAUCGUGAAAAUGUGCCUCGAAUUGUACUGAAGAGGAACUUGCAUCAAACGGUAAAGAAACGAGCACUUGAAGCUCGAACAAAACUCAAGAAAACCGAAUAUCCCAAUAAUCGCCCUUGCCCCGAUCCAUCACCUUGCCCAUCAUCCCCUUGUCCAGGAAAAAAAGAACAAUCCAAAAAACCAAAGUGUCCACAAUUUAUUCCCAAAUCCCCCACAUCAUCGGCGAAACAUGAAAGUGUUUCGCAUGGUGACGGAGUGGGUGGACAGGGCAAAGGUGGAGACAGUGAAGGUAACUCAAGUAUCAAAUGGAUAUUAGCAGCAUUAGGAGUUGCCGGUCUUGGUGCGGUAGCAUAUUUUAUGCAAAGAGAAGCUGGCCAAAGUGAUCAAUCGCAAAAGAAGGAAUGUGCUCCUGCACUUAAAAAGGUGCCAGAAUUAUCGAGUGAUCUACCCAAGAAAGUGCCUUACCUUCUUGUUGGGGGUGGUGCUGCCAGUUUUUCAGCAUUCCGAGCUAUUAAAUCAAAUGAUCCAAAAGCAAAAGUCCUCGUUAUAAGCAAUGAACUUUUAAAGCCCUACAUGAGACCUCCACUAUCAAAAGAGCUGUGGUACGCCUCUCAACCCGGUGAAGUACCCAAAGACUAUCGUUUUAAACAGUGGACCGGUGCUGAAAGAAGUUUAUUCUUUGAACCCGAUGAGUUUUUCAUUGAUCCAACAAAGCUCUUGGACAAUCCAAAUGGUGGAAUUGCCAUAGCCCAGGGAUAUGCAUUGAAAAAAAUCGACGCCAAGAACAGAAUUGCCACACUUGACGAUGGAACUCAAAUAGAAUAUGAGAAAUGUCUCCUUGCCACAGGCUGCUCACCAAAGAGUCUACCAGUCUUUGAAAAUGCUCCCAAAAAUAUCCAGGACAAAAUAAUGUACUAUCGAUCACCUAACGACUUCGAGAAACUGAAAAAGAUAGUGGAUGCUAAAAAGUCCGUUACCAUCGUUGGGAAUGGGUUUUUAGGAAGCGAAUUGUGUUGUUCCCUUGCAACGUAUUCCAAAGACACAAAUAUCAAAAUAAAUCAAAUCUAUGCGGAGUCAGGUAACAUGUCAAAGGUUUUACCAGAGUACUUAAGCAAAUGGACGACACAGAAAAUUGAAGAGAUGGGGGUGUGUGUGGUGCCGGGUGUUCAAGUUAAAGAAGUUAAUCGAGAACAGAGCGGGUUGAAGUUAGCUCUGAACAAUGGUCAGACUAUUCUCACAGACGUUGUCGUAGUUUGUGUGGGGUGUGAAGCAAAUACAAGCAUUGCAGCGUUAUCUGGACUCGAAGUCGAUUCGGACAAGGGUGGUUUUGUUGUGAAUGCUGAGCUUGAAGCUAGACAGGAUCUUUUUGCGGCUGGAGAUGCAUCAUGCUUUUAUGAUCCCUUGCUGGGAAGGAGGAGAGUAGAGCAUCAUGACCAUUCAGUUAUAUCUGGUCGGUUAGCUGGAGAAAACAUGGUUGGCAAGGGUGGAAUAAAGAAACCAUAUGAGCAUCAGAGUAUGUUCUGGUCGGACCUUGGACCUGGAAUCGGAUAUGAAGGCAUCGGAAGGACUGACGCUAGUUUACCGACAGUAGGAGUUUUCGCAUUAAAGUCCGACGAAGAAAGGAAACGGGAUAAUUUAGAACCCACAGAAGAUAGUGCUUCAAAAGAAACCAUACCAAUCCCCGAACCAAAGAUAGCAAGAGAACAAAAACCAACUGACCAAAAACAAAGCGAACAUGACUACCAAAAGGGAGUCGUAUUCUAUUUACAAAACAACAAAAUCGUAGGCAUACUCCUAUGGAACAUUUUCAAUCGCGUCGGCCUUGCAAGAACGAUUAUCAACCAAAACAAAUCCUAUGACGAUUUGAACGAAGUGGCGAAACUCUUUGAGAUCCAUUCGUGAAAUAAGUUCAAUUAGAAAAAAAAGUUAUGGUUAUUAACUGUGAAUUAAUUCUUAAGCAAUAUAUAUUAAGGACAUCAUUUGCAUUUCCGGAGAGAUUGAUUUAUGUGCACAAGGUUUUUGCAUAGAAAUUACUUAAUAUAAAACCAAAAUGUUGUUCGUAGAAGUUUCUGUUGCCUCUGUAUUUGACUUUUAUGACGACAUGCAAGCAUUCUUUUAGACUUUCAAAUACCUGUAAAUAAAAUAAAAAAUGUUCAAUUAGAAAAUCAAA